GUAUACCAGAGAUCAAAGUAGGGUUUAUAUUAUUAUCAUCUGCCGCAGAAAGCUGUUCAGCGAGGAUCUGAAACCCUAAUUAAUCAUGUCGCUUGUUGCGAACGAAGAGUUUCAGCACAUUCUCCGUGUGCAAAAUACCAAUGUUGAAGGUAAACAGAAGAUCAUGUUUGCCAUGACUUCCAUUAAAGGUAUUGGUCGUCGUUUUGCGAACAUCGUCUGCAAGAAGGCCGAUGUCGACAUGAACAAGAGGGCUGGAGAGCUUUCUAACGCAGAGAUUGAUAAUCUGAUGACAAUUGUUGCGAAUCCUCGCCAAUUCAAGAUCCCAGACUGGUUUCUGAACAGGAAGAAGGAUUACAAGGAUGGAAAGUUUUCUCAGGUGACAUCCAAUGGACUUGACAUGAAGCUGAGGGAUGAUUUAGAGCGAUUGAAGAAGAUCAGGAACCAUCGUGGUCUUCGUCAUUACUGGGGUUUGAGGGUGCGUGGACAGCAUACCAAGACCACUGGACGAAGGGGAAAGACUGUUGGUGUGUCGAAGAAGCGAUAGAUCUGUUUUUAUGGUUUUUUAUUUUGGAUAGUGAAUGGAGGGGAAGAGUCUGUUCUAGCCAAAUUAUGGAUUGGUUUUGAGUUAUUUUCUACAUGAUUUGUCUUGUUACUGUUGAAUUCUUGUUUUUUAUUUCAUGACUAAUUACUAGUAUUAUGAUUUUGUUGC